AUGCAAAACUUAUCAUUUAUUCUAUUAGUCUCUUUGCGUCUCUAUUUUUGUUAAAUCAUAUCAACUUGCGAAUUAUUUUCAGACAAUCCAUUAGCUUGCAUAGAAAAAACAUCUGGAUAUUCAUGCAUUUAUAAUUAUUUUGAAAGUAAGUGCAUUGUAGAGAAAAAGACAUCAUAGGGUUGCCUUGAUACUCUGAAUUAGAAUGCUUGCAUUAAUUAAUUGACUAACGAAUAUGGCGAAGAAGCCUAAUGUAAUUAAGAAUUUUAAGUUAAGGCACCUUCCAGAAGUAGUGCUAACUAGUGUCGAAGUCAUUACUUUAAACUUAAGGUUGCAUAACAUCCUAUAAUAAAUAUGCGUGCUUAAAUGUUGUAAAUGCAGAUUGCUAGUGGGAAAAUAGUCAGUGUUAGCCUUUGGAAGAAAUAGUAGAGACCGCUAACUCAUGUGAAGAAUCUUAUUAAAAUUCUGUUACAUAUGUAACAUGCUCUAAGUUACAAAAUCUAUUAUGUAUAAUAAGUUAGAAUAAUUAAAGGUAUGAGUUCUGGAUUUAAAGGCGAAUAUGGUUGCAUCACUGUUUAGGAAGAAUAACUGGAGACUUUGUAGUGUACUUAACAUGGUUUGACAAAGAAAGCUUGUGUAUCUAUCUAAACAGAAGGAGAGGAGUGUAUCUUCAUAGAUUAGAUGUGUCAAAGUAUGGUACAGUCAGAAAUAAAUAGUUGUCUGAUGGAUUUAAACAGGUAGGCAUGUUUAGCUAUUAAAAAUCCAUACAUUUCUUGUAAGUGGAUUGAUAAUUCUUGUUACGCUUAUAGAUAAUCAAAUUAGAGCAAUAUAGAUGAAUUAAGGGAAGUAAACAUCAGUGUCUGUCAAUCUAUAAAAGGAUUAUAUAGAUAUGAUAGGGAAAAUGCUAGAUGCAUUGAAAUUGAUGACUUCAAAGAUAUAUCUUGCAAUACAUUAGGAUUAUCUAAAGAAGGUUGCUUAAAGGUAAGGAAUAAAAGUUGCAUUUUUUAUCAAGGGACAUGCUAAGAAUUAAGUGAAUAGGAUUUAAAAACUUAUUCAUGUAACAUGGAUUUGAAUGAAAUGGCAUGUAUAAAUUUAGAAACAGAAUUUUAAUUUUGUAAAUGGAAUGGAUUUUAAUGUGCAAGAUUAUUCAUGAAUCAAGAUUUUGAUUGUCCAUUAUAGUUUGAAGAUCAAUCAAUAAAAGUAAAUGGGAAUGUAUGUUAAGCUAUAUCUAAACCCAAUGUUCUAUGUAAAUAUGAUUAAAAAACAAAUUUAUGUGUCAAUAGCACACCUGAUGAUGAUUGUGAUACACCAUUUAUUAAUCAAAAAGGUUGUAUUAGUAUAAAUAAUGUAAAAAAUAAGAAAACAUGUAAAUGGAUCAAUUAUCAAUGUAUUUCUGUUCAAGUAAUUCCAUAUUUUACUACAUGCGAAUCAUUAUAAUAUGCAAAUCCUUAGGCUUGUUCUUAAGUUUUUGAAAAUAAUUCUAGAGGGUGCUAUUAUAAUCAAAUCUAACAAAAAUGUGUUACUUUACAAAUAAAAUUACAAAAUGAUUCUUAAAAAGAACAAUAAAAGCUAGAUCUUCAGUUAUUAAAUAGUAUCUCCUGUGAGAACACUAGUUUAGGUUUGAAUAGAGUAGCUUGUGGAUCAAUAACAACAAAUGGAGUUGCAUGUAUGUGGAAAUAAGAUAAAUGUGUAUUUAUUGACAAGAAAGCUAUGAUUUCAGCUGUACCUUGCUUUAGUCUUCAAUGGGCAAAUGCUAGAGCCUGUAACUAUGUUGAAUUUUAAAAGGAAAUUUGUAGAUAUGAUGUGGAUGAACUCUCAUGUGUGACUACUGCCAAAGAUCAUAUGAAAUGUGAAGAAAUAGGUUUAAAUCGUUAUGCUUGCAUGAUAGCAGAAGGAUUUUGCUACUUUAAUGAGGAUUUGUCUUUGUGCUUGAAUGAUCCUUCAUCCAACAUUUCAGAACAACUAUCAUGCGAUAAGAAUUCACCAUCAAAGCCUAUGUGUUUAAGUAUAACAAAGAAAGGAGAGUACUGUAUCUGGCAAACUAGUAGUGGCAAAUGUGCUAAGGCUAGCAUUCCUUUUAACAGCAAUUGUCUUACUUUAGGUUACUAAAUGAAUGCGAACACAUGCACUCUGAUUGAAAUGAGCUUUCCAGACUAUAAUAUUGAUGCAUCUAAAGACAAAUCAUUAACUUUAAAUUAUGGAUAUUGCAAAUAUAAUUACAAUCUCAACACCUGUUAGAUAAAAAAUGAUAAUUGUAAAACAAAAUGUUGCACAGAUGCUGAGGAUAUUGGGAUAAACGCGCAUUCUUGUAGUAGAUAUUCAUUUCAAGACCCUGGAGUUUUUUGCUAUUUUGAUGAAGGAAGAUGCAAAGAAUUAACAUCAGACAUAGCAAAUGUUCUAGAUCCAGAAGCAGUAAAGAGUUAUUACAAUUUCAAAUAAUUCAAGUGUUCUUAAAUGAACAUCAAUUCUUGUUCAAUGAUUGAAUGGAGCACUACUUAAAGGUGUGUGCACUUAGGAAAUUCAUGCUUCAAUAUCAACCUUAAAGAGUAAUCUUCCCUCAAAGAUCUUAUUUAAGAACCAACAAUAACAAAUAAAUACACAUGCUUUGCCAUUGAAGCAGAAUCAUUAGUUGAUAAAUACUUUACAUUUGAUGAAGUUAAUCGAAGGUGUAAAAUCUUAAUUCCUGAGUCAGAGACUCCCUAUGCCAAAUGUGAAGAUGCUUUAGGAAACAGAAAUCUCUGUUUGAGGUUUACAGGAAAUAAUUAUUGCAAAUGGAAUUCUGAUUAAUUGAAAUGUGAAACCAUAAUGAAUUAUUCGGUUGAUAAAAUUGAAGCCUGUGAUGCAAAUUUAAAUAUAAAAGCAUGUAUUCAAAAUAAAGUGAGCCCAUGUUAUUUUUCAUUUGCCUCUGAUAAAUGUUAAUAAGCCCCAAAAGAAGUGGAAUGCAACUAUUUCAAUGAUAAAGGUAAGGUCAGCGAAAAAGUAUGCAAGUUAAUUUCUUAAAAAGGAUAGAAAUGCUUAUUUAAAGAUAAUCUAUGUGCUACAUUUGAAACUUAUGAAAAUGUAUGUCAUGUCAAAGAUGCCAAUUAAAUUGCAUGUUAUAAUAAUGUCAAUGGAAAUUGUAGAUGGGAUAUCAAUACCCUUCAAUGUUAUGAGAAUCUUACUGAUAUAAGUACUUUGAAUUGUUCAAGCAAUCUAAAUAAAAUCCUAUGUUUAUAAGUAGUGAAAGAACCAUGCUAUUGGAAUGCUGAUGAUUUGUAAUGCCAAAGAUUCAAUGCGAUAUCAGAUGUUGAAUUUAAAAAGUUAAAUUCUAGUAAUUUAUAUACAAAAGAUGCCUGUUCACUAAUAAGUGGAUCUGGAUACGUAUAUGGAUCUGAUAAAUGUGAAGUAUUACCAGAUACCUCAAACACUAAGGAUUGUUCUGAAUAUUGGAUGAACGAGUAUGCUUGUUUGUAUCUAACUAAAGGACAUAAAUGUUAUUAUGAUGUGACAGAGGAGUAUUAGAGAAAAAAAUGCAAGCCAUUUUAAGGAGAAUAUAAUUAAUGUUCAGACUAGAACUCGUAAAUAUUGAUAAACAUUGAGGUCUGUAUGAAUAUACCUAUGACAUGCAUUUUUGAGCAAAGCAGUCUGAGAUGUGUUAAUGUUGAAAUAGGACCUCAAGAAAAGUGUUCAAAGUUAGCUGAUAGUAUAAAAGAAAAGAAAUACUAUAAUAAAUUGGCUUGUUCAUCAAUUGAUCCAAAAAGUAUUGAAAAUUUUGGUAUCUAAUAGUGUUAUCAAAAUUCAGAGAACGCAUAGAACUGCUUAUACGAGAAAUAUUGUUUUUGGGAUUAGUUGUAUUAUUCAUGUAGCAUCUUUGUUCCAGUAUUGACAUUUUUUGAUAAGAAUAAUUGGGUAAAAAAACCAUUAAAAGUAUGUUUAAAUUAGAAUUCAUAACCUGAAUAAUUUGGAGAUGGCUGUUCUUAUUAGAUUAGAUAUGCAGGUGGCUUUAAAUUUGUAGGUAAUUAAUAAAUUAAACUACCUUCGGAAUGUGCUAAGACUCAUAAUACAUGUAGGUCUGAUGAUGAUUGUAUUCCAUAUCAAACAACUAAUAUUUAAUUGGAUUAUAUUAAUGGAAAAAUGAAAGUGACAUUUCCAACAAACAACACAUAGACUUGUGGAAAUCGUUGUGGAUUUUAAGGCUAAUAAACUAAUUUUUGUAACCAAGAUUCAGAUUGUGGUUAGGAGUACAUAACCAAAGAUAAUCUCAAAUAUACUGAUAUGUAAUAUUGUAGAGUAUUGAAAAGAAGAUCGCAUUAUAUAAAUGUAUAUAGUUAUUAUUUCACAACAAAUCCACCUUUAUAUUCUAAUUAUACUUUUUACAGUGAAAAUAAAAUAGAUGAUGUAACAACAAUAACAUAUUAUAAAGUAACUGAGGUAACAAAAGAAUUAGAGUACGAACCCAUAAAAGAAGAGGAUUGUGAUUUUGAUGACAAAAAGUGUUAUUGUUAAUAUACCAAAGAAGAUUGUAAAUAUCAUAAUGACUGUCCUAAACAGGUAAAGGACAUUUAUGCUUAUAAAAAAAAGUGCGAUUAUUAAGAUUAUUAUUUAGUAGAACCUUAUUGCAUAUCUAAAAUAAGGGAAAUUGAAAAGUGUGAGAACAUUUAUUCUGAGGCUCUUUGUCUUGAAUAUGUGAAAUAGCGCUGUUAUUUUGAUAUAAAUCAAGGUGGAUGUAUUAAAUUAGAAGACAAUUAGGAUAAAUUACCUUAAUGCAAUAGUAUGUCAAUGGACAGUUGUUUAGGAAGCAAAACAAAGAAGGUAGCAUGUUCAAAAGGGGAAAAAUCUGCAAAACCUGGUGAUUCAUGUUAUACUAUCAUUAAGGAGUUCAAUGAUUGCAAAGAUAACUUAUUUUAUAAUUCCUAUUUCAACUGCGCAAAGGUCAAAAAAGAGGAUGCAUAACAUUCAUUAUGUGCAAGAGCAACUGAUGAAUGCAGAUUUUCUGGAAGUGAGUGUGUUAGUGAACCUAAUCUUGAUGACACACUUGCAUGUAAAUGCGAUUCAAGUUAUAGUCAAACUUUAUGUGAGAAGUGUAAUUGUGACUUCUCUUCCUUGGGAAUUUGCUAAUAAACUAAACAGCCACUUCAAUAAGAUGCAAAUAAUCCAUUUUCUUUGUGUUAUAGGGUCAACCUAUUAGAUCUUCGAGAUGCUAAAUCAAAAUAGCAAGCUUGUGCAAGUGUUGCUUAAGCAUGCAAAUACAUAGAUUCAUGUUAGGAUGCCACUCAUAUUACAUGCGAUGAUAUGUUAGGAUCGAUGGUUGUUUCUCUAAAGGCAUGUCAAAAGUGUAAAGACUAACCAGCUCAAUAUGAUCUAAAAAGGCUGUAAUGUUUGGCAUUAAAUGAUGAUACUCUCAUAAAUAAAUGUGAAUAUUUGAAUAAAAUAUCUUGUUUGAGGAAUGCAAGGAAUGUUAAAUGCAAAUGGGAUUAAUCCUAGUGUAAGGAAAUUUAAAUAGCAAGUGAUGAUAUAGUAGAUUGUUCAACAUUAAAUUAUGAUGCUUGUUAUCAAAGUUAAUAAAAUUUAUGUUGGUUUGAUCCUUAAUUGAAAUAAUGCACUGAAUUCAAUCCUUUCAAAGCUUAAUGUGAAUUUGUGCAAGAUCAAUAAAAUCUUUGUAAUUUAUCCAUGGCUUAAAAUUGUGUAUGGGAAAAUAACAAAUGCACAAAAAAAGAUAAAAUACUUCCCAAUACAUGCAAAGGAUUAAAUAAAUAUGCAUGCUUAAAUUAAUAACUUGUGCCCUGCGGUUGGUCUGUAAAUUAAGAAUGUAUUGAACUUAUCAACAUUAUAAAUUACGCCAACUUUUUAUAAAGUGCUGAAUCAAAGUCUAUUAUCCAAAAUAAUGCUCAAACAUGUUCAUUGAUAAGUGAAUAUAAAAACUAUUUAAUCGAUCAAUAAUUUAAAUGCAGAGAAGUAACUGUAAUUGAUUUGAUCUAUUGCAAUACUCCUGGCAUCAACCUAAAGAGUUGUGUAUAAUUAAGCAUUGGAAGAUGUAAAUAUUAGAAUAACAUUUGUUAAACAUCUAAUGAGGUCAAUCUAGGUUGUCAAAACUACUUAAACAAAGAAGCUUGUUUAAGUUAAAAAGCAGAAUGCAAAUUCACUGAUAAAUGUGAAUAAUUCUUAAAUCCAAAUUUGAACGAGAUUUUGUAUGAAAUAGAUUACAGUUAUUCUGAUUACAUUUGUCUAACAGUUGAUCUCCAAACCAAACCAACAACUAGUUUAGUAUUUUUAGAAUCCAAAGGCAAAUGCAUCGAUAUUUCAGACCAAGAACCUACUAUAUCGGAUUGUCAAUUGAGAGGUAUGAAUAUCAAUGCUUGUUUAUAAAAAACAAAAUCACAAUGUGAAUAUUUAGAUAAUCAAUGCCAAUCAAUCAGUGUAGCAUCUUAAUCUACAUGUUCUCAAACAUUAAAUUGGCUUGCUUGUACCCAAAGUGAUGCUUAAUGCAAAUUUGUUAAUGCUCGUUGUCAAGCCUUUUAGCCCACUGAUAAUUGUGAAUAAUUAGAACAAUUAAAAGCAAUAGUAAAUGAAAGUAUUUGUGUCAAAACAACUGAUAUCCCCUGCAAAUAUGACAUUAACAUUCGAGGUUGUUCUAAGGUUACUACUAAUUAGAACUGCUCAAUUUCAGGAUUGAAUGAAAAGAGUUGCAUUUUCUACACUAGCGGAUAGGACUGCAAAUAUGAAAUGAACUAAUGCACUCCUUAUUAUUAGUAGGCCAAAUGCACAGAUAAAAUCAAUAGAGAUAAAUGUCUUAAUCUAAGAGAUAGGUAACAGAAUUGUAAAUUUGAUUAAACUCUAGGGUGUAUCUAAAUAAUAUCUGAAUCGGAUCUAAAAUCUUGUAUUAAAAACUUCUAAACUAAUCCAUCUACUUGUUCUUAAGCCACAGAUUUCCCUUGUUAUUACAAUUUUGAUACAAAAAUGUGUCAAGUAUUCACUAAUCCAUCUAAAUUUGAAACACCCUCUAGAAGUCAAGAUUGGUAAAGCAGAGUGUCCUUCAAUAUUCUCACUUGUCAAAUUUAUGACAUAGAUUAAAGAAAAACAUUCUGGGAUGAUGGAUGUAAAGAAACCACUAACACUCAACUUACUACUUUAGAAUGUAAGGACUAUUUAAAUUAUUACGCUUGCGUAAACUUAAAAACACCAUUACAAUAUUGUUAAUAUACCAAUAACAUAUGCUAUGAAAAAGAUUGGUUUACUUACAAAGACCAAUAGUGUGAACAGAUUAAAAAUGUCAAUCAUGGAAACUUUUGUUAAGCCACUACUGAUGUUGAAUGCAGGUAUGAUUUAGAUAAUAAAAAUUGUAUAAAAUUGGGUAAUGGGGAGAUUAUUUAAUGUUAAAGUAGUAAUUUGGUUUAUUUUGGAUAUAAUGAAAAGGCAUGUGCAAAAAGUAAUAAUUGCAUAUUUAUUGAUAACAAAUGUUAAACAUUUGAUGAAAAUAAUUUAUAUUAUUGUUAAUAGGCAUAAUAAAUAGAGAAUUGUAGGAAUGUAUUAUUGGAGGGAUGUUAUAGAAAUAGUUAAUAAAGAUGUCAAUUAAUAACAAGUGAAUUAUAAAAAACAUUAAAUUGUUCAGAUAUUGAAAAUUAAGUAGGUUGUAAAUAAUUAUAAACAAAAGGAUAAUAUUGUAGAUAUUAUGAUAAUAAAUGUUAGAAUGAGAAUAUUUAAGAUUAUAAAGUAAAGAAUUGUAAAGAUAUAAAAAUGAUUAAUAAUUAUGAAUUUUGUGAAUAAACAUAAGAUAUAGGAUGUAUAUAUGAUCCAUUAAAUAACUCUUGUAUAGAAUCAAAAUAAGAAUAAUAAGAUUUAACAUGUCCAAGAGGAUUAAAUAAAUUAGCAUGUAUUCCAUUAAAUUCAAAUACUAAUUAAUGUUAAUUCUUUAAUUAUUGUUAUGGUUUUAAUUCAGAUAUAUUAAAUUGUAUUAAUGAUGAUCAUUAAUAAUGUUGUUAAAAAGCAUUAACUAUAUAAUCUUGUUUAUUUUAAACUAAAUUCAAAUGUUAAUGGAAUAAUAAUAAAUGUAAUUAUUAUGAUUAAUAAAUAAAUUAAAAAUUAGAAUGUAAUACAAUUUAAAAUGCAUCAAGAAAUGUUUGUUAUUCAUUAUUAGAUAAAUUUUGUAUUUUUGAUCAUUUCAAUUUUAAAUGUAUAUAAAUUAUACCAUUGACUUGUGAUUCAGUUUAAAGUGCAUAAUAGUGUAAAAGAAUACCUAAUAUACCUUGUUAUUGGAAUUAAGAUUAAUGUUAAUUAAAAUAAUAAGAUUUAUCAGAUACUUGUUAAUUUAUAUCUCAAAACUCAGGUAAUCAUUAAGCUUGUAUUUAAAUCAAAAGACCAGGAUAAAUGUGUAUUUUUAAUGAUUAUCAAUGUUUAUUAUUUCAAGAAAUCUAAAAUACUGAUAAUUGUCUUGAUAAUAUUAAUCAAAAUGCUUGUCUAUAAUAAACUAAUUCACAAUGUUAUUGGGAUCUAGAUGUAGCGAAUGAUUAAAAUUCUCCACAUAAAUAUUGCAAAUCUUUUGAAAAAUUCAAUUCAUCAAAGUGCGAACAAAACCUGAGCUAUUUAUCUUGCUUAAAUAUAGUUACAACUAACACGUAUUGCCAAUGGAUAAAUGAAAAAUGCGAGCCUUUGAAGAUCGAUAUCAGUAAUAAAUUAGUAUUAGAAUCUUACUCAAAUGUCAAUGCCAACGUUUGUAGAUUAAUUACUGAUCCAUAACCGAUGAUGUAUGAUUCAAUCAAUAAGAUGUGUUAAGUUGUAACUGAUUUUAAUCAAUUAACUUGCAGUUAAGGAUUAAUGUCUAUAAAUAUGUAUGCCUGCAUCAAAGUUAAGAAUGAACUCUGUGUUUGGGAUAAUAAAAUCAAAGCUUGCAAAGCAAUAGUAAAUUAAAAAAAGAAAAUAGCUAAUUAAGAAGAAAUUGCUGAGAGUACUUGUUAGAAAAUAGGCCGUACUCCAACAUCCUGCUCUCUGUUGGAUGUUUAAUUGCCUUGUGGAGGAGCAGAAUUAGGUUGUGAUUAUGUUUAAUUAAAAACUGUUUAAUGCAAUCACAUAGGCUUGAACAAAUAUGCAUGUCUAAACUUAACUAGCUAAUCAUGUAAAUGGGUUUUAAAUAAGGAACUCAAUAUUUAUUAAUGCUAAGAACAUACUCCUUUUGGUUUAUGUUCAGAAUAACCUAAAUUGGUGAAUGCAAUGUUAUGUUCUUUGGUUGGUCACAAGGAUCCAUGCGCUUAUGACAAAAGUUCAAAUUCAUGUAAAUGGUCAUCUGAGCAAUAAUAAGGUUGCGAUACGGCUGGAUUAAAUAAAUUUGGUUGUGCUCAGAUAAAGAACUGUGUAUUUUAUGAAGGCAGAUGCUUAAAAUACAGCGACGAUCUAGACCUAAAUUGUUAAGAUGCAGAUAAAGCUCAUUACACUGUUUGUGCUUAAAUAACCAGAGAUCAAUGUAAGUACAGUGAAUUGAAAAAUGGUUGUGUAUCUACUGAUUUAUUUGACAGUUGCCAAGUGAUGGGUAUCAAUUAAUUGGGAUGCAAUGCCAAAUAACCAAUAUGUCAGUGGAUUGAUAAGAAAUGUGAGUGUACAAGAUUGUUUGAAUUGAAGAGGCCAUGCUCAUAAAUCCAAGAUUUUGAUCAAUGUUAAACAAGGGAUGAAUGUUAUUAUAAUGAUUCUUUUCCAACAAGGAUUAGUAAUGAACUGAUAAAAUCUUAGAACUAAGGUACUUGUAAAGAAAAGUCAUGCAGUGAUCGAGAAGAGUGUGAAGGUGAAAUAGUAUAUGGCUACAUUUGCUAUAAGGAUAAACAAGGAAUAUGUUAGCCAGCCCGUGAUUGUUAGGAUAUCAAAAAUGCAGUUAAAUCAUGUUCGAGCUAUGUAAUAAAAGAUAGACCUUGUGUGGAGAAGGGAUAUUCUAAUGAUAAUAUUCAAUGUGAAACACUCCUGAAUUGUUAAUAAUUGGAUCUUAUUGCUUGUCAAAAGAAUCUAGAAUAUUGUAUCUAUGGCAAUGACUAAUGUACGAAUAAAUAAUGUAACAAUUACAUGGAUGAAACCAGUUGUCCUAAAGAAAAUUGCUAUUGGAAAAAUAGUAAGAAAAGAUGUCUAGAACAAGUGAGUUGCGAAUUAAAUUCAUCGGAAAAAGAAUGUAGUGAUAACGGAUAUGCAAAUCAGAAAUGCGGUUGGUUCAAAUUAGAUGACUAGCCAUCUUUCUGUCAAGCUGGAUGCAGAUAUCUACCUUAAGCUUUCGUUAGUUGCAGGGGAACUCAAAUUACUGAUUAUGUCUGUGUAAAUUUCAAAGAUGUUUGUAUCCAAUGUGAAGAAAUUACAGAUUCAUGUCAUUGUUUAUAAGAAGAGGAUUUCUGUCAUUACGAUAUCUAUAGAAAUAAAUGUUAAUCCAAAGGAUGCUAAACUUAUAAUUCGGAGACUUGUCCAGCUUCAAGAUGCACUUUUAAUAAAGAAAUUAAUAUUUGCAUACCAUAAUGUCAAUUCAGAUUCAAUAUUAAAGAGUGUGGAUAUUUGAAUGAUUGCGUAUGGGAUUAAUAAUUAAGAUAAUGUCUUGUUUAUGAAGAAAAACCCAUAAAUGUGGAAAUAUGUCCUGGCUGUCUAAAGGCUGAAAAUUACUUAGCCAUAAUUCUAUUAAUAAUAAGCUUAUCAGCUAUUAUAUGA